CAGGGGUCAAGAGGCUGGUCGGUAUCGGUUCGGCCGAAUCACAAGGUGGCCAAAGCCAGAGUUAAGAAGAGGGGCAACGGUUUUCCUUGGUUCUGCGACUGGACGGCGGUUGAUAGCGAACUGUAUGUAAAGCGAACCACUGGACGGGCAAGGGGGAAACUCGAUCUCCUGGGGCUCGCGUCGACCGUUUCAGAGAAGGCGAUGCCGAAUGCGACGUCGGUCUGAUUGGAGGGCGGUCGCGGAGUGCUGGCUUGAGAUCAGUCCAGGUGGAGUGAUGGACGUAUGCAGGGCGCGAUCUGCUGCACAGGGGAAGCCGGAUGGAGGAAGUCCUAUUUACAUACAGUGUAUUCAGCGCGGCAAAUGUGGGAGAUUUGUGUUCCGGGAGGUUGUGUUCCUGGUUUGUCUUUUUUGGGAGGAAGAGACAGGAUCUGAAGUGGGAUCGGCAAGCAAGAAGCAGGGGCGAGGGGGUUGCACAGCUGCAUGCCCAGACAGUUGUCGCGUGGUUGACAGGGAUUCAGCGCACUCAAAAAACGGUCGAACGCGGGACAAGACGACAAGGGCACAAAAUGGUUCCCAUCAAGCCACCGAGUCGCUGAAAGCAUGCCGAAUAGAUAUCUCAAGGCUGAACAAUGCCCUAUUGUAUUAUCAUUUUCACACUGCUGCCUGCCCAUCACUCUUCAUAUUGACCCAGGCGUGCAUGAUCAACCCUAGGAUAGACAGGAAACCGCGGAACGCAGGCUCAGCAGGCCCAGUCACCACUCGACUGGGAAAAUCAAACCUAAUGAGUUGAAUUGCGGUUCAACCAAGCCUUGACGCGAACUAAUGCAUCCGUACAUGGGGGACCAACACACAAAGGUCCGAUGGCAUUGCGACCGAUUUUAACACGCAUGGGUCGUAACGGCGAGGCCGGGCGGCUCUGAGCUGUCAUCAAUCCGAUCCAUUAUUGAGAACCAUGCCACCGCGCCGCUGUUAUGCUCACUUUUCAGUUCUGCUGCUCGUUCAAUCUAGACAACUUGACUGGCCU